AUGUGCUUAGCACCACAAGAAAUUGUUUCUCAUGAAACGCGAUUUUGCAGUGGCCCACUACCAUUCCUAUAUAUACUCACCUCAUCGAUCCUCAAACCCCAGUGUGGGAAUUCAACAUUUUCUCAUAUGGCUACUUCCAAACUUUUCACCAUUCUUUUCUUUGCAUUCUUCAGUCUAGGGAUAUGCUCUGCCGCUAGAACACUCCUCACCAUUGGUUUAGGUCACGGCAUUGGUGGUGCUGUCCAUGGUGAGAUUGGUGUUGCUGGAGGAGGUUACGGUGGUGGUGGAGGUUCAGGUGGAGGUGGCGGAUACGGAGGGGCCGGAGAGCAUGGCGUAGGAGGUUAUGGAGGAGGAGCUGGUGGAGGUGAAGGUGCAGGUGGGGGAUAUGGAGUAGCAGGAGGUGGCCAUGGCGGUGGUGGGGGAAGUGGGGGUGGUGGUGGUGCUGGCGGAGUUGCCGGUGGCGGAUAUGGAGGAGGAGCAGGAAAAGGAGGUGGUGAAGGGUAUGGCGAGGGUGGAGCUCAUGGGGGUGGUUAUGCUGGUGGUGGCGGAGGUGGCAGUGGAGGCGGCGGAGGAGGUGGUGCAGGAGGUGCUGGUGGGGGGUAUGGAGGUGGCGAAGGAGGUGGAGCGGGUGGUGGAUAUGGUGGAGAGCAUGGUGGUGGAUAUGGAGGUGGUGGUGGAAGUGGUGGCGGUGGAGGUGGUGGUGCCGGCCGUGGAGGAGCCUAUGGAGGUGGAUUUGGUAGUGGUGGAGGAUCGGGUGGAGGAUAUGGAAGUGGAGCAGCUGGCGGUGGAGGCGGUGGUUCUGGUGGCGGCGGUGGUGGCGGUUAUGGUGGUGGAGGCGCACGUGGAGGAGGUUAUGGAGGUGGUGCUGGUGGCGGCGAAGGUGGUGGACACGGUGGAUACUACCCCUGA